AUGUCAAAGGUUAAUGAGGAUACCAUCCGACAGUUUGCCAACAGCCAGGCAAGGAGCAUAGAAGCCAAAGACCCAAAGCUCGUGUCAAGUACCUUGGCCGAUAACUGUCGACGUAUUAUGGCUCCUGCAUCGUUCAUGAAGUCAAUGGGUCUUCCCGAUGAGCUGGCUAAGCAGGGCUCCUCCAAUGAGACUUAUGAACAACAGUUUGCCAUGCAGAUGCCGUUUGUUCAGUCGACCUCAUGCGACAUACACGACAUUUCGCUAGACCAACAAAAUUCGAAAGCGACAGUUCAUCUCACCCAUCAAAUCAAGCUUUUGGGUAUGGAGGAAGACUUCUUCAUCGAGAACAUGAUCCUUCUUGAUUUUGACAAGCAAGGCGAGAGAAUCGAAAAGAUUGUUGAGUUUACGGAUGUAGUGGAGAGUGUCAAAUACAUGCAAGCUCUUCAAGGGUUGGCUGCCGCGAAGCAGGAUAGUUUUUGA